CGCCAUGCUUAAUCUGGAAUCUCUUGAUGGCCGAUUAUUGUUUGCCAUUCCAAAGAAAGGACGCUUGCACGAGAAAUGUCUUGAGUUAUUAGCAGGUGCCGAUAUUCAAUUUAGACGACAUAAUCGACUGGACGUGUGUCUCGCUCAAAAUCACAAUAUCGCUCUCGUUUUCCUUCCUGCAGCCGAUAUUCCUUCGUUCGUUGGGAAGGGUAAUGUUGACCUUGGGAUAACGGGUCACGAUGUCAUCCUCGAGGCAAAUAUGCAAGAACAUGUCACGGAGGUGCUGAAACUUGGGUUCGGGAAAUGUGCGCUUCAGGUACAGGUGCCUGAAGCUGGAGACAUCAAGGACGUGAAGCAGCUAGCAGGGAAGCGUGUCGUAACAAGCUUUGAGGUCCUUGCGGGCGAAUAUUUUGGUAAACUGGACAAUGAGUUAGGUUUAGAAGGCGAAAAUAGAACACAUAUCGAGUAUGUUGGUGGAAGCGUAGAAGCUGCUUGUGCUCUUGGGCUCGCAGAUGGAAUUGUCGACCUCGUAGAAUCUGGUGACACAAUGCGAGCAGCCGGCCUUCACGCCAUCGCAACUAUCCUUCCCACCGAAGCUGUCCUCAUCAAGUCCUCAAAACCAAAACACGCCGCACUCGUCCCUCUUAUAGAACUCCUCACAUCUCGCAUAGCAGGUGUGCUUGCUUCCGGGCGAUACGUACUCUGUCAAUACAACAUUCCGCGCGACAAGCUCGCCGAGUGUACGCAAAUCGCACCUGGUCGGCGUGCACCGACGAUCAGUCCCUUAGAAGAGAGUAAUUGGGUUGCAGUGAGCGUAAUGGUGGAGAAGAGAAAUGUUGCGACUGUGAUGGAUAAGCUUGUUGCUGCUGGAGCAGAAGAUGUACUGCUUCUGAAACUCGACAACUGUCGUGUCUGAUGAGUGCUUUUGUAUAAGAUAGAAGCAUGUAUAAGUAUAUAUAGAUGAUUAUGGAAAGACAUUGGUUAUACUCUUGG